AUGAAUACCAAUUCCAGCCAAGUCACUACAACAACAGAGUCAGACAACACCACGCUCUCUCCUCGGGAGGGUAGUGGUCGAGAGGAUGGUCCUGAGGGACAUAGUGCUGAAGGAGAUAGUCCUGAAAGAGAUAGUCCUCAAGAAGAUACUGGUCAGGAAGGUAUUUUGCAAGAAGAUACCUUACAAGAAGAUCCUACUCAGAAAGACACUGUCGAGAAUGAUACUGCUCAGAGCAAUAUUCCCGAGGAUACUUCUCAGAUGAAUAAUGCUCAAAAACAUACACCGCAAAGAGAGAAUCCUCAAGAAACGACUCCUCACAAAAACACCCCAAAGGACACUCCUUCAAAAGACACUGCUCAAAAAGAUACCUCGCCCUGA